CUGUCUCUCUCUCUGAGAGCCGCCAUUCAGUUCUCUCCUGUACAAACUUCCAACCUCCAUACGUCCAAAUCCCGGGUCGCUUAGCCUGAAAAUCAUCUCCCCCCACCCCAAAAAAGACAACCCUUCCCUGUAUCUCUGUCAGCCCUUCUCUGUCUCUCCCUGUUUCUUUAAAUCUACGGCCCGAGUUCCCUCCUCGAAUCCCGACGAAGACGAAUCUGGUCUGUGACUCGGUUUCGGAGAGACAGAGAUGGGUGCGUUAAUGAUGUUGAUGAUGAUGGCGACUGCGAUGGUGAAGCUGUGCGAUGGAGCAGCGUACAAGGUUGGAGACUCGGCAGGUUGGACCACCAUUGGCAACGUCGACUACAAGCAGUGGGCUGCCAUCAAGACCUUCCAGCUUGGGGAUACCAUCAUGUUUCAAUACAAUGCCCAGUUUCACAAUGUGAUGCACGUGACGCACGCCGAGUUCCGGGCCUGCAACACGACGUCUCCCAAGGCGACCUACACGACUGGCAACGACUCCAUCACCCUCACCAACCACGGCCACCACUUCUUCUUCUGUGGUGUCCCGGGUCAUUGCCAAGCCGGUCAGAAGGUCGACAUCAACGUGCCUCGCAACCCUGUGAGCGCACAGACCCCUUCGCCAUCGGCUAUCCCUGCUUCUGGCAGCCAGGGCCCUUCUCCGAAUAAUGGCCAUCGGCCUCGCACUUUGAAGGGCUCUUUCGCUAAGCUCGGAUUGCUUACGGUGGUUCUUGCGGUUUGCUGUUAAUGUUGUUCUUGCUUCUGAGUCACCUUGUGUUUUGGUAUAUACAUGAGUUCGAAAACUCAUAAACAGAAUCCGGCUAGAAACUUCCAGAUUAUACACAAAUCCACCGUAUAAUUUCGUUUUGUUCUGAUU